GAUCCUAUAAAUGUUCUAAAUAUAAUUUCUACUUAAAAAACAACCUAUAAAGUUUUAAAAGAAAAAUAUUUGAAAUUAAAUUCAAACUCAUAUUAUGAAAGUAUAAAUAUAGAAAAAAACUAAGAAAAUCUAUAAUAUUAUGUAAAUUAUUUAGAAUAUCCUUCUUCUGUAAUAACUUAUGAUGAUAAUUUCCCUUACCCAAACAAUCAUACUUUUACCAUAAAUGAAAAGACAAUAACUUUUGAAUAUAAUUAAUAAUAAAUACAAUUUGAUAUUCCUUUAUUCAACAUUUACAAUUUAUCUGAAGCUAUAGACAAUGUUGGGAAUUAUAUUUGCAUUUAAAAUAUUUAAGGCAAAUGGAUUUCUAAAGAUUGCGUACUUUUAUAUUAUACUAAUGACUAAAAUCGAAUAUAAUAAUUUAUAUGUUAAUGCAAAACUCAAGGAAAAUAAACUCUUGUUAAUGACAUAAAUGAAAUAUUUAAAGUGACUCGCAUAAAUGAUUGGUAUUUUUAUGCUUCUGUAUGGACUUUAGUUGCUACUACUAUAAUUUAUCUGAUAUUAUUUUUAUAUUUAUAAAAAAUUGAUAAUAAUCAUGAAUAAAAAAUGUAAUAAAGCACAAUAAAAAGAAAUUAAAUCACAGAAAUUAUUUUUAAUAAGGAUAUUAAUGAUGAAGAACGAAAUUAAUAAUUAGAUGAUAUUUUAAAAAACCGUGAAUAAAUUAUUUAAAUACAAAACUAAAAUCUUUUAAAAACUCCCAGUUAAAAAAUAAUUGACUUUUAAAGAAAUAAAAUUUUUAGCUAGAAUAAUUAAGUCUUAUAAUUUUAAGAUAUUGUGAUAAAAAAUGAAAACGAUACAUAAUCAAUAAAUUAAUAAGGUUCUUUGAUCUCAUAAUAGAUAUAAUCAAAAAAAUAACAAAGGAAAAAUUAAAAAAUAAUGCCUUUAAAUAUUAAAUCUAAUAUAAUAGAAAAUGAAAGUAAGCUAAAUGAUCAAAAUUAAUAAAAAGGAGAUGAUUAAUUGGCAACAGAAGAUAAGAUAAAAACAUUAAUUACACGUAAAAUUAGUAACUUAAAUUCUUAAAUAUAUACUAAAGUUGGUUUAUAAUAAAAUAAUAAAGAAGCUUGCAUAGAACGUUA